AUGGAGCUUGAAAACGUAAAGCGUCGAUCUUCUUUUCUAGGAUCUGCAGCAUCAUCAGAAAACUCUCGUAAACCUGACAGCAACGACAUAAGUAAAAUCCUCCUCAAACAGAAAAGACGAGAAAGAGAACACAAGGCUUUGCUUCCAAAAAAUCUUAUAAGAAGUGUAAGUAGAGAAGUUAUCCAUUCUCACACAGAUAAAAGCUAUAACGCUCUCUACGAAACUUCUCCCCGCAGAAAAAAAGAAAAAUUAAGACAAGCACGGCAGUUAGCAGAUCCGUUAACUAGCAAAGAGUCUAUUUUUACUACAGACCCUCUCUGCAAAUCCUACCAUCAAGUAGAGCUUAAAAAAGAAUAUCCAAAAUUUUGUAAAUUACUACAAAGAGAUCAUUCUCAUGAUAUUUAUAAAAGGGUUUCUGAUUUGUGCUCAAAGGAAAAAGAAAACACGUGCUCCGCUAUUGAAGGGAUAAAUAAAAAUUAUAGAAGAUCAAUAACGAAAAAUAUACAUGAGCUAAACGCAUAUUAUAGCAAAGAAAACGAAUUCUCUGAUUAUGAAGUGGGGCUUAUUAUGAAAAAUCAUCAAAAUUUGAAAAUGAAAAGCUAUGAGUUAACCAGAAAAGGGAGCUUAACAGGAAGGCAGAAAUCUGCAAGACCGUUAUAA